AUGGCGACAGUGGGUGACAUUGCGGUCUCCGCCUUCGUGAACGUUCUUCUCUGGUUUAUCUUCCUCGCGGCAUUCGCGUUCAUGAGGAUCCAGCCGGUGAACGACAGGGUGUACUUCCCCAAGUUGUAUCUUAGCGCGGGACGGAGGAACCCGAGGUCGGGGGAGACCAAUUGGGUGUGGAAGCACUUUAGCCUCAACGUCUGGUCAUGGAUACGCGCUUUCCUCGGGUGGAUGCCGGAGGCGCUGAGGACGAGCCAGGCUAAUGUCAUCCGGGACGCCGGGCUCGACUCCGCCGUCUACCUCCGGAUCUACAUUCUCGGGUAGUGAAGAUCACUCCCACUGAAUUCAGCAUUUAUGUUCUUUAUUAUUUGAGGUUUUGUUAAUGAAGUUCCCUUCACUGGUUUUUUUCCGUUGAUUAAGACGUUCAUUUUUGUUUGUCUUUGUCGUGCAAGUUACUGCAGGGUUUGUGUCAGAUAGUUACCGAGCUCAUUUUGUAAGCAUCUAGAUUUCAUUUGGUUCUACCUUCCAACAAAUCUCUCUUUUACAUUUAUUCUUUUCAGAAAACUCGAAAUGCGAGCAAUUAGUACGCAAAAAUAUUUGUUCAUUGUAUUAUUAUUCAGAAGGAUGAACUUUUCUUCCACUGUAAAAUUGUAAAAUGCUACUGCAUCGUCAUUCUCAGAUGUAUAUAACUGGGCCACCCUCCACGUCCAGGGAGGUGGGGGAGAAGAAUGAAUUCUUAUAUGAAGUAGAAAUGCGGGGCAAUGCCUGCCGCUUCAGGGUUUUGUUAAUGAAAAAAGAAAAUUAAUGAGCUGACAGCUAAGUGUUGCUGUGGUUUUUGCUUUUGUCUUACCCUGUCACUUGUGGGAAUGCUCCUGUUCCAAAAAAUCAGAAUUUAAGUUGAAAAUCAUGGAUUUCUGUCCUCGUUCGUAUGCUAACGUCCUACACAGCAUCACCAUAUACUAACAGGGUACUUAUUGCGGAUAAGAUUUUGCGCUUUCACCUCUCUUUGUAUCAUUAUGUGCUUUCUGGGAGGCAUAAUGAUUUUUGAGGACGAGCAAUGUUCUCUUUAUAGCUUUUAUGCACAUCUUUAAUUAGCUUCUCCAUAAUGUACUGUUAUAAAUUUUUGGUUCACAAUGAGGGCUCUAUUGCUCAAACUGCUUCAGGCACUGAAAUCUAUUUUGUUAACAGAUUCAAGAUUUUUGUACCAAUAACACUCCUAGCACUCUUGGUUCUUAUUCCAGUGAACGCAUCUGGUGGAACAUUAUUUAAUAUGACAAGCAAGAUCGUUUCAAGUGACAUUGAUAAACUUUCUAUUUCAAAUGUUGGUGAAGGAUCUCAACGGUUAGUCUUAAAAUUCAUUCAUUAUUUGCUAAGCGGAGCCUGUUUAUUUUUCUGUUCGAGAUAUGCUUUCUUUACGUAAUGUAUAAAAUUUUGAAAAACAUCAUCCUUGAACACCUAAAAAAAAAAACAGAAUUUAAAUGACUCGCAUCAAUCUAAAAUUUUGCGUAGCCUCUACAGUAGUCGUGGUUUGACGCAAAUGAUCCUCAAACCCUGAAAGGGAGAAUAUUUCCAGACAAAGGCGUUUUUCUUGUCUGAGGACUCUUUUGCGGAUCAUUUGUCCCCAUCAUAGAAUCCACUCGCGUAGCCGUAAUGCAUUAUCUUUGUUGUUGCAUUGCCACUUUUCUCGUUUAUGCAACGUGACCUUAUAUUUAAAUUUUGUGGUUGACUAAUUGGUUAUUCGUUGGUUGCUACAAAGUUACCAUUUUCUUAUCCAUCUCAUUCUGCCUGGUAAGUAAUGAUUUAUUCUAAAUAUGCCAGACAAUAUAUCCAUAAAUUCUUACGAUUUUGUUCAUGUCUCUUGAUCAGUGCUGUAUAUCUCCCGUUCAGAUCUAUAUAGCAUUCUAACAAGACAUUUUUCCAAUUUCAGGCUUUGGGUUCAUAUAUUUAUGACGUACUUGUUCACAAUCUGGGCUUGCUAUGUGCUGUACAUGGAGUACGGAAAUAUAGCAUUUAUGAGAUUACAUUUCUUAUCCUCUCAACGUAGAAGCGUUGACCAGUUUACGGUAUGCGUUGGAUAAAAGAAUAAAAUAUUCUGUAUAUCCUUUUUAAAGAAAAAGGGGAUGCCUAUGCACCUCUAAUCCUCCCAAGUAACACCUGCACUACCUGAAUUAUAACAUAUACAUCGCUUGAAUUGUGAUGAUCUUUUUUCUUUUCUUCCGACAGUGAUAAGAAGCUAGUGCUAAAUUUUGACCGGAUUUAUCUUAGGUUUAUAAAUGUUGGCCCAUCCACACCCCUAAUGACUGGAGCCACUUCCAUCGCAUACUGUGAACUAUACUAUUUCUAUAUGUAUGAUCUGCAAAGUUCCAGAGAUAAUCUUUUUUUCCUCACUGAAUUUACGUCCUUUCUUCCGCAUUUUCUUUUAUCCUUGUUAGAUUUUCGUGGAAGUUUUUUUAAACUAUUUAAACUCUGUAAUAAGAUGCAAAAUCAUUUAUCAACUUUCAACCCGUAAUAUAACCGAAUGGAUGGGACUGCAGAGGCAAAUUCCCAAGUUCUUAUUGUCACUUGCCUGUAUUUUUUUCACAAUCGAGAAAAAAAACAUGGAAUUAGAGAAAAACCUGCUUUUAAAAUAUUUCUAUUACUAAGAUAUCUGUCUACUUAGAUUCUGAAAUAAAAUAUUUUCUGGGGAUAAAAUUAGUCAAAAUUCCACAGAUAUAGGCAGAGACUGGAAAAUGGGUUCGGAGGAGUAUCAAGCAUGUUAUUCUUCAUUAAUUAAAAUUUUGAACUAAAUUUACCGACCUUGGAUCAGCUAGUCUCUGGGUACCAUAGACCCAAAAUUGUUUUUUUUCUUGUCUACAUUUUAUAAAGAAAACAGUUGAAAGGUUCCGACAAUCAUGUCUUGAAACCUGAAUAAUAUGCUCCACUGAUUGCUCUUUCCAAUUACUUUUCCCCGUUAUUAUAUUUCUUGUGGAGAUCGAGUAUAACCUUAAUGCACUACAUCAAUAUUUUCCCUUGAAAUUGUGUCGGUAACAUCUGCAUCUGGAGAUUUAAGAGUGCAUAUUGUUUGGAAUCACUGCGUAUUUUGUCGCCUUUCAUAGCGAUCUCCAUCGCAGUUAUGUACUCUGUUCAGUUCUCUGUACGUCUUCUCUAUCUCGCUCUAUAUCAAUUAAUCCAAAAUAGUUCCUGCACUCAUUCAUCACAGAUUUACCAGGUAUCAAGUUUUAUCUUGAAAACACAAUACAUUUCCCUGAUUCCUUUCUUUUGUUGGCUUCACUUGUUGCCGGAUGUUCCUGGGUUUUAAAAAUUUCUUAGAGCAUUGUCUUUUUUUCUAUCAUGUUCUUUGCAGUGUCAAAUGAAAAUUUGAAGAUGGGGUGCAUAUUUUUAAUGAAAUUAUAAUAUGCGUUCAAUCUUGAAACUUAAAUUUGUGAUAGUUGGAUAGUCACUGGGUGGCCUAAGUGAAUUGGAUAAUAUUUAUCAAUUUACUCGAACUCUUAGAAAUACCAUUUUGAUCAUUUCCUCUUAACCUUAAAGAUUUAUUUUUAUGCUUAUGGGGGCCAUAUCCUUUCAGGUUGCGGUCAGGAAUGUGCCUUCAGUCGGUGGGCAUUCAAUACCAGAGAGCGUGGACAGUUUCUUUAAAAGAAACCACCCUGACCAUUAUCUUGGCCACCAGGUAGAUCUCAUAAUGUCAUUAUGAAUAUUCUAUGCAUUAAUUUUGAUGAUCUUAUAAAGACCACUCUGUGCAUUAAUCUUAUAGUAUCCCGAUCCCUCCUGAAUUAAAUUAGCUUCGUAGUGAUCCUGUAAGCUUCUUAUGAUCAGGCUGUUUACAAUGCAAACAAAAUUUCUAAGCUGAUGAAGAAAAAGGAAGGACUCCAAAAUUGGCUCGAUUAUUAUCAGCUUAAAUUUGAAAGGUACCCAGGUAGAAAACCGACGAAAAAGGUAAUUUUUUUUACGGUCAAUUUGUUAUCCAUUGUUUCAGUUGACCUUUUAAAUAUUCUCUUUAAAAUAGAUUGUCAUAUACGAGUAUUUUCUUUUAAUUUCAUCUUUCAGAGUGGUUUUCUUGGCCUUUGGGGUGAAAGGGUAGAUACAAUUGCGUACUACAAAGAAAAGAUUAAUGAGAUUGAUAAAAAGGUAAAUCCUGACCAUUCUUAAAUGAGAUUUUGCGACUUAUUUCCAUUCCCUGUCACACAGCAAAGUUGAAAAAAGCCCAAUUUCAAUUAUUCUUGAGAUUUUUUCAGAUAUUAUCCCUGUUUGAUCUAUCCUGGAAUUUACUUUCAUCACAUUUCAGAUAGCUUUUCAACGCCAAAGGAUUCUGAAAGAUCCAAAGGCCGUUCUCCCGGUGGCAUUUGUUGUAUUUGAUUCUCGAUGGGCAGCUGCUGUUUGUGCACAGACACAACAGAGCAAGAAUCCGACCCAAUGGUUAACCAGCUGGGCACCAGAGCCUCGUGAUGUAUAUUGGCAGAAUUUAGCAAUACCACUUGUUUCUCUCAACAUCCGGAGGCUUGUGGUAUCAGUGUUAGUCUUCGCACUGAUUUUCUUCUACAUGAUCCCCAUUGCUUUCGUGCAAUCAUUAGCAAAUCUUGAAGGUCUGGAGAAGGUCGCCCCGUUUCUCAGACCAGUGAUAGAACUGUAAGUUGUUCACUUUCCGCCUGAUUUAUAAAAUAGCAUCGGUUGCACAUCCUUGGGUCGUCGAAAUCAAGUCCAAGCUCUCUGCUAUCAUCGAAUAGAUGAUUUUUUUAAGCAUAUGUUUAUCCCAGAAGAAAUGUAUUAGCAUAUCGUAUGCAUGAUUCUUAUUUUCCGCUGAUUUCGGAUGCCUUGAAAUAUAUCGGAGGCGAUGCUUUUCCACGUUAUCUUUUGCAGGAAAUUGAUCAAAUCCUUCAUACAAGGAUACGUUCCGGGGCUUGUUCUAAAGAUAUUCUUGUAUUUCCUUCCCGGCAUCCUGAUGAUUUUGUCAAAACUAGAAGGCUACUUAUCACUAUCGUCCCUUGAAAGAAAGACCGCAUCAAAGUAUUACUAUUUCAUGCUGGUGAAUGUUUUCCUGGGGAGCAUAAUCGCUGGAACAGCCUUCGAACAGCUAUAUUCUUUCCUUCAUCAAUCAGCCACUCAGUAAUUCUCUCCAUCCUUCUGAUGCUUCAUUUCUCUUACCCAAUGUGAUUCUAUGAUUUAACACCCGAAUACCGAUUUCAUGAAUCAGGCUAAAGCAUAUUACUACUUAUCUCUAAUCAUAUUUCAAUCGCUCCACAGGAUUCCAAGAACUAUUGGAUUGGGGAUACCGAUGAAGGCCACAUUUUUUAUUACGUACAUAAUGGCAGAUGGGUGGACAGGAAUUGCAUAUGAAAUUCUACGCCUGAAGCCUCUAGUCAUAUAUCAUAUCAAAAACAUGUUCUUUGUCAAGACGGAGAGAGACAGAGAGAAAGCCACGGACCCUGGGAGCGUUGAACUCCGAGAGACCCUUCCGAAUCUGGAGCUGUACUUUCUCCUCGGUCUUGUCUACGCUGUGGUCUCCCCUAUUCUUCUUCCCUUUGUGUUAGUCUUCUUCGGAUUCGCUUAUGCUGUUUACCGCCACCAGGUUAGUCUUCUCACCUAUUUCUCAUUGCUCAAGGCACCCACAUGUACAUGCUACUCCUGUUUCUCUCUCUAAAAAGUAGAUAUAAUAUAUAUAUAUAUAUAUUCCUAAAUAUUUAUUUCCAUGAUAACACCCUGAUUCAUGCUAAUUUAUGGACCGAAGAGUAAUUUCUGAAAUCCCUGUUUGUAUGAACAUUGUCCAAAUAUUUACAAUUUUUCUCUUCCAUAUACCUGUUAGAAUCCAUGUUUUGAAGAGUAGUGCUUGAUGUAUCUGUAGAUUAUUAAUGUCUACAAUCAAGAAUAUGAGAGUGCUGGCGCAUUUUGGCCUCAUGUUCAUGGCCGCAUCAUUGGAAGCUUGUUGAUAUCUCAUGUGCUUUUGCUGGGCCUGCUAAGUGUGAAGAGGGCAGCUUACUCCACUCCUCUACUCGUUAUCCUCCCUGUUCUGACACUAUCGUUUCACAAGUACUGCAAGAGCCGCUUCGAACCCGCAUUCAGAAGAUACCCAUUGGAGGUGAGGUUGAUUCACACCUCUCUCUCUCUCUCUCUCUCUCUCUAUCUAUCUCUCUGUGUGAAUAAGCUCUUCUUGUAUAAUCAAGUUGAAUGGCUCCAUAGAGGUGUAAAUCCAUGCACUCUUUUGCUUCUUUUGGUGUACUGAUUGUGAAGAUUCUAUGAACUGAGUUUCUCAGGAGGCGAUGGAGAAGGACGCCGUGGAGAAGGCCGCGGAGCCGGGGCUCAACCUCAAGGCCUACUUGGCGGACGCCUACCUGCACCCGAUCUUCCAAUCGUUCGAAGAAGUGGAGUUGGGAGAUUUCAAUGUGGACAAGCACCAGACCCACCGAUCUCUUCCUGUAGUGGAAUCAUCGCCUCCCAGAAGUGAGGUCAACUCUCCCUCUUCUCCCCAUUACGUUUAUCACUUCGAGAUUGAGCCCUGA